UGUUUCUUCUGUAGGUGGGGCUGGCUCGGGUUUAAUUGUGGUAGUACAUUUGGUAUUUCCGGAUUGAAGUGGAAGUUAGCAGCAAGAUCUGCUGUAUCAACUAUAUCUGCCUCGAUGGCUGGGGGUUUUGUCGGAUUAUUAUCAAGCUAUAUUGUGAAGAAAAGAACUUUUAACGUGGCCUACUUAAUUAAUGGUAUUUUAGGUGGUCUUGUUGGUAUAACAGGUUGUGUAGGAACGCAUGCACUUGGUGGUAUUUGGAGUAUGCUGGCAGGUGGACUGUUUUCCAGAAGAGACACAUUUGCAUCUGAACUAGAUCUUCAUGCUGUCCAUAAUGGUGCAUUUAACAAUGGUGGGUUCCAUCAGUUAGGCGUGCAGUGUAUAGCAGUAUUAGCAAUUGUAGGAUGGACAUUAGUCACGUCUUUCAUAUUUUUAAAAAGUAUCCAGUUAGUUUUGGGACUUCGUAUUCCUCUUGAAGAGGAGAAGCUCGGUGCUGACCUCGUGGAACAUGGGAUAGGAAACUACAUUUACGAUAAAGCCAAUAAAAAGUUGAUAGAGUUGGAAAUCAGUCCCGAUGAAGAAAUGGAACAACACAUUUACAAUUCCAGAAUAUCGCGAAGACGAUCUACUCAUACGUUAGGUAAACACACAGAAGCUAUUUCUGCCUUAGCGGCCUUGACAAUGGCAAACUUCACACAUGCUGAGCAAUCCUCACCAGUAAGUGAAAAGAAAGUGACAUCGAAAUUAGGACGAAUGUUUAGAAGAAUGAAGAUACUUAAUUUAAAAACAAAGAAAAAAGCAACCCGAGACGUUAAAGUUCAACUGGAAAGUUCACAAAUUAUGCAAAAUGGAUUUCAAUCCCCAUCUCCCAUUGGAAAUCAUAACCAUGGUUUCGAAAAUGGAACAGUCCCAUCUGCUGUUAAUGGCAGAAUUCGAGAUGAACGAAAUGAUCACAGACUAAUUACUGUUAGUGAAUAUGAAAAUGAUGGCGAUGAUUUGCUCAACCAGGAGCCAAGAUAUUUCUCUCAAAUGACAUACAUCUAAAACUGUGUGCUAAUGUUUUGUUUAUUGUUUUGACUAGUAUGGAAACCGAUGUGGGUGAACGUAUUGCGCGAUUGUUUACCUCAUUUUAAAGAUAUGUUCCUACUUUGUA